CGUAAAAAUCAAGCAUCCUUUGCAACAUACCUUCUCGACCAGAAACGUCCAUAUUGAAUUAUUGAUAUGAAGAUAAGCCCCCAUGAAUUAAUAAAAAUAAAUAAAUAAAUAAAAUAAGCCACUGCCUCCCAGUUCCCAGUAUCACCCGUUAACCCCAAUCAUCAUGAAACCCCCCAUUCAUCUGAUCAUCUUCUUCUCCAUCUUCAUAAUCACUAAAUCCAUAUCAUCAACCCCUGCUGCAACCACAAUAAUAUUCACCACUUUAGGCCGAUCAAGAUACGCCUUCGAUAUAUUCUCACUCCCACUCGACACCACCGGCCAUGAACUUCAACUCACCGACGGUACCUCCGUCAACUUUAACGGCCACUUCCUCUCUUCCGUCAACUCGAACAUAAACACCGUCACUGACCCUGACCCAUCGUCUGUUAAACUCCUCUACGUCACUGAACGUAAUGGAACUUCAUCCAUUUAUCUCGAUGAAGUUUCUGUCUCUGUUUCUUACCCUCACACCAGAAAACGUUCUGUUAUUGAGACUGAGUCAACUCGCUCUCAACACCGACUCGUGGGUGGAAACGGACGGGUUUCGAUGAAAGACAGACCGAGUUUGGUGGGUGAUUUGUUGGUAUACGUGUCGACUCAUGAGGAUACGGGUGUGGGUCGGACGAGUUGGGCCGCGGUUUACUCGACUCAGUUAUCAACCGGGUUGACUCGGAGGUUGACUCCUGAAGGGAUUGCUGAUUUUAGUCCGGCGGUGUCUCCGUCGGGUUUGUGGACGGCGGUGGCAUCUUCUGGAGAAAAGGGUUGGGGUGGGGAGGUGCAGGAACUCGAUACGGAUAUAUAUGUUUUCUUGACUCAGAACGGGUUGGACCGAGUCAAGUUGGUGGAACACGGUGGGUGGCCGAGUUGGGUUGAUGACUCGACGUUUUAUUUUCACCGGAGAGGUGAGGAUGGGUGGUGGAGUGUUUAUGUGGCGAUUUUGCCUCAAGAUAUGCCUUUUAGUGUGGACUCGGUGGUGACUCGGCGAGUCACCCCACCGGGUCUUCACUCGUUCACUCCAGCUGCUUCGUUAACAAAGAAAAAUAUUAUUGCAGUGGCAACUAGAAGACCAGGCUCGGAUUAUCGUCAUAUAGAGCUAUACGACGUCGUAUCUGGGAAGUUUAAGGAGUUGACCCGGUUAGUUGCUCCAAAGGCCAAUCAUUAUAACCCGUUUAUAUCACCCGACUCGUCGCGGGUCGGAUAUCACAAAUGUAGAGGGGCUGGAAGCAAUGGGAAGAUGAUUAAAAAUGACCUGUUUCUUGAGAGUAUUAAAACACAAGUACCAGACAUUUCAUUGUUUCGGAUUGACGGGUCUUUUCCUUCUUUUUCGCCUGAUGGGAGUCGCAUCGCUUAUGUUGGUUUGCCGGGUCUUUAUGUGGUUAACAGUGACGGGUCAGGUAAUCGAGUGUUAAAUCCAGAUAUUACUGCGUUUUCAACCGCAUGGGAUCCCAAGCGUGAAGGUGUCAUCUACACAAGCAUUGGACCAACAUUUGCGAGCGAGGACACUGAUGUUGAUAUAUUCUCAAUAGACGCUGAUGCGGAUGAACCGCGUUUUACAAAACUCACCUUUGGUGGCCAAAACAAUGCGUUUCCAGCGGUUUCACCUGAUGGGAAAUGGGUUGUUUUCAGGUCGGGUCGAACGGGUCAUAAAAACUUGUAUAUCAUGAAUGCUGUUGAAGGUGAGAAGGGUGGUCUAACUCAAUUGACAAACGGGCCAUGGUCGGACACAAUGUGUAACUGGUCUCCGGAUGGGGAUUGGAUCGCAUUUGCAUCCGACCGUCACAACCCAGGUUCAGGAAGUUUUAGGUUGUAUAUGAUCCACCCAAAUGGAACUGGGUUGCGACACUUGAUCCAUAGUGGCUCAGCCGGACGCACGAAUCACCCAUGGUUCAGCCCGGAUGGGAAGCGCAUUGUUUUCACGUCAGACUAUGCAGCUGUUUCUGCUGAGCCAAUAUCGAAUCCACAUCACUAUCAACCGUACGGAGAGAUAUUUACCAUGAAACUAGAUGGUUCAGAGUUAACCAGAUUGACCCAUAACUCUUUUGAAGAUGGAACCCCGAGCUGGGGUCCCAAGUUUAUGAAGCCAGAGAACGUCGGGUGGUCCAUAGAAGAGGAAAAAUGCUCGUUUGAGGAUUGUCAGUGGCUCGCAAUAAGCAACAGACUUGAUGUCGAUGAGGCUAAGAUCCAAUGUGGCGGUUAGAUUGUUCACAUAUUUUAUAGAAUAAUUAUUAGAAUAUAGAAUAUGAAGUAAAUAGAUGAUCAGGCACGAAUUAUGUAUCCAUCAAUGCUUGAUUGUACAAUAAAUUCCAGUGGCUUGUUUUGAUUUUGGUUUUGUAAUUUCAAAAUCUUGUAUAGUGGUUCCUCAUAAGGAGUACAACUUGUGGAAUUCUAAUGUUUA